ACAGCUAGUCGUUGCGCGUCCACGGUGCGCGUCCCACGAGUCCAUCAGAAGGUUGAUACUACAGAAGAUAGCGGACCGACCGGAGCGGUCCGUCAGACACCAGGAGGGUUCCCUUCACUCUUAAAGUAGAUAUCUAUACUCAUUAACGCGCAACGUUACGGUGGUGGUUGAUAUUAAGAGCGUCUUUAUCGUUUAAUUCCGCUGGGAAACGGAACGGAGAGCCGCUUUCAGCCAUGAUGCUCGGUUUAGCGGGCUAGAGCUAGCGUUACUGUUCACUGUUCCGGGGAUCAGGACCGCGGGUCCGGGUCCUCUCGACUCGAGAAGUGGUUAAAGAUGACUAAAAGAAGCUGGAUCAGAGAGCUGUGGCUCGACCUCCAGGACCCGCACCACGUCGCACACUUCCAGGAGAUGUGCGGGGUGCACGGCUCGUUCUCCCUGAGCCCUGGGGCGGGAGGCGGCGGGGAGCUGGACCAGACUCGCACCCACAACAACGGCUCCAUCUCCGGGGGAAGCGAGACGAAGGGUUCGGUCGUAAGUGAAGGCGGGGAGGGGCAGAAGCUGACAUCACAGACUCGACGGAGGAUUGGUGCCUCGACAACAACAUCAACAACAACAACAACAACAGAUGGCGAAACUGAAAACCCCACCACCAACGGGACGGUCCUCACCAACGCCACGGGCGAGGGGGUCGCUACAGGCGGCGUGAAGCCCCACAGCCUCGCCGGGAACAGUCCCGGCAGCACCGUGAAGCCGCUCCGCAAGAACUCCCUGACCGGCGACGCGGGCCACGAGUUCCGGAUCGACAACCGACUCCUGUACUACCUGUUCACGCUGGGAACCGAGCUGGGCAACGAGUCCUUCUACAUCACCUUCUACCCCUUCCUCAUGUGGAACUUGGACGCGUUCGUUGGCCGGCGGGUGGUGAUGGUGUGGGUGUGGGUCAUGUACCUGGGCCAGUGCACCAAGGACCUGGUCGGGUGGCAGCGACCCGCAUCCCCGCCCGUGGUGAAGGUGGAGAUGUUCUACAACUCCGAGUACAGCAUGCCCUCCACCCACGCCAUGUCGGGCACGGCCCUGCCCUUCUCCCUGUUCUUCCUGACCUACGGCCGUUGGGAGUACCCGUUCCCGAUCGGUCUGGGCCUGGCCCUGAUCUGGACUGUACUGGUCUGUGUCAGCAGAAUCUACAUGGGAAUGCACUCCAUCCUGGACGUGGUGGUGGGCUUCCUGUACACCGUGCUCAUCCUGCUGGUCUUCCUGCCCGCACUGGACGCCGUGGACGGCUUCUACCUGACGUACCGCUACGCCCCGCUCGUCAUCGUCUUAGUGCACCUGGGCCUGGGCCUCUUCUCCUUCACCCUGGACACCUGGAGCACCUCGCGGGGCGACACGGCCCAGAUCCUGGGCACCGGCGCCGGCAUGGCCCUGGCCUCCCACGUCAACCACCUGCUGGGCCUGCUCCCGGACCCCGGGCCCGAGCAGCUGCCGCUGCCCAUGACGCCGCUCAGCGCGGGGCUGCUGGCCCUCAUGGGGGUCCGCCUGGCGCUGGGGGUCCUGGUGCUGCUGGCCACGCGGGCCGUGAUGAAGAAGGUCACCAUCACGCUGGUGUGCCGCCUGAUCGGGGUCUCGUCAGAGGACGUGAGGGCGGCCCGGCAGAACAUGGGGGUGGAGCUGCCCUACCGCUACAUCGUCUACGGCGCGGUGGGCUUCAACGUCAUCUUCCUGGUGCCGCUGCUCUUCAGCCACACGCGGCUCUCUUGAUUGGCUCGGCCGGUCUGGUGUCGCUUCCUGGUUGGCCACCGGGGGGGGCGUGGCUAGCCGCGAUAACUGCUUACAGUUCAGUUAACAUUGGGGCCGUUCGUUCUUUCUGGGGUCGGGGGUGGGAGUUUAAACCCAGCUGUUCAAACCACCAGCGUCUCACGUUGGGCGGAAGACUCCCUGCUCGCUCCCAAACGGCUCCUCCCCCGUUUAAGAACUAGCAGAUAGAAAACCUUUCACCUUUUGCAGUACGGACCUUGCUGGACUCAGCACUGGAUCAUCACAUUUGGCAUGUACCUAUCAAAUGAACAAUCCGUUGAACCGGUCUGCAGUGUUAACGGGAUCCUAGGCUCCAGUAAAUGGCCGUGUUCCGUUCUGGUUAAAGACUCACAGCCACAGUUAAAGGCUGGCCUUCAAAGAACAAUGCCGUUCAUGGAUCUCUGGUCUAGCAUCAUUCAUAUUGUACAAUAGUCAGCACCUGCAAGUUAAUAGUUGAAGUGUGCUUAAAGUUCUCAGAAGUGUUCAGACAUACUUUUCUCAAGUACAUUUCAGGGCUGUGUGCCCAGUUUUUUGUUUUUCAUUCAGACGCCAAGUUUGUUUUUUAUUCCGCUCAGAGUCUUGCCAGCGUCUCUGGUGGUUUCAGCCGUGAUUGGCUGAUGAAACCCCACAGAACUGAGGCAUGAUGGGAGAUAUCAGCGGGCUCUCUGUGCAUUUCUUGUUUCGUAUUUAAUCUGUUUUCAUUCACUCUUUUCGUUCAGUGAUGAUAUUUAGUUCCUGGGUGAUUUGAGUUCAUCGUUUAGCGUAACCCAUCGGAGACUGUUUCCUGACCUUUGACCCGGGGUCCCCCUUCUGGCGCAUUGACUCCUCGGUAAAUACUGCACUGACCAUCUAACCCUGGUUCAUGAAGCACCACAGAGCGUCUGGUUUUCGGUUGAGGUUCGUCGUCUUGGAAGAAGAAAGGACGGGACUAAAGAAGGGCUUCCUGGUCUACUGUGAUUGGUUCUCCCUGUGGCCUGUGGAUUGUAUGCUGUGAUGAUGAUGAUGAUGAGGCACAGGUGGGGGACACUAGGCUCCCCUGUUACCGCGGCAGCACCGACUUCCUGUCUGCUACGAAGGAGACGACCCUGACUCCCUGCACGCAUCCAUCCACUUCCUGUCGGACAGAGAGUUGACGAGGCCGGAAACAUGUACAGAAUAUAUACUACCAACAAACUAGUGGGAUUCCGUCAAGAUCUCGUUAAUUAAUUGACUGGAGGAACUGUGAUGUCACAGUCGGACCUGUGAUGUCACGAUCGGACCUGUGAUGUCACGGUCGGACCUGCAAUGUCACGGUCUGACCUCUGAUGUCACGGUCGGACCCGUGGCGUCACCUGCGAUUUUCACUGUCUGACCUGCGAUGUCACCGUCUGACAUGUGAUGUCACGGUCUGAUCUGUGAUGUCACGGUCGGACAUUGUUUUUUCUAAUUACUGCAUUCCUUUUGUUGAUAGUUGUUUUGCCUAAUUGAAGCCACAGUGGAAGUGUCUGGUGACUGAAACGCAGCCUGGCGUGGCUCCAUGUCAGGCUGACCUCGACGCACCUCAUUCAUAUUGGAGUGUGUCAGGAAUCUGACCCGAGUAACAGCUCUGAGCAGUUAUUAGGAAGUGGAACCGCCACUUACUCUGAGCUCCUCGUUGAUCUCUCUCUCUCUCUCUCUCUCUCUCUCUCUCUCUCUCUCUCUCUCUCUCACUCUCACUCUCUCACACACACACACACACACAACCAGGUUUUGUACAAUUUUGUGGCACAAUAUGAAACAGCACAGUCAUCAAUUCAGACCAUUCUGAAUAUGCAACUGACAUUUUCAACUUGUUGGUGAAUGGAUUUCUCCGUUCAGUCAACCGGAGUGCGUGCCUUUAAAGCUAGCUGAAGCUUGCUAACAUAACUAACUGUAGCUGUUGGCGGAGAGCUAAGGGCUUAGCCACCUUCUCCCGUGACAUGCCCGUCUUCUUCCUCCCUCUUCCUCUCUCUUUCAUUUAAUCGUAAUAUAAUCACAUGCGUUCCUGCCUGGUGUGUUGUAAUGUUGCUGUGUGAGGUACUGUCCUGAUAAUAGGGAUAAUGCACUGUUCCCAUGAUGCACUGCUUUCUUCUGAGCUCGCUAGAAGAGGGUCUGUAAAUGCAGAACUGAGAGUGUGGUUCCACGUGGUCGAAGGACUGGAGCCGGACCAGAGGAGGUCCAGGGAUAGGUGGCGGAGGAGGAGACGGUGACCACUAGUAGAACGAGGAGAACGUCUCACUUCUCUAUUUGUCCCUUUAGCUUCGGCACUUACUUCGAAGGGGGAAGCUGUCUCGGGAACACUUCCCCUGUUGAAUGACUCUGAUGUAUUCAGUCGCAGAGUCGUGUGCUUUCCUGCUGUCGCACUAAUGCAGAAUAAGCGUUGUGGCUGUUGUUUUGUUGUUUAUUAUGGUAAACGGUUCCAGAGCUUCCCUGGUCCUACUAUGCGUGUGUGUGUCUGUGUGUGUAUGUGUGUGUGUGUGUGUGUGUGGUUGGUUAAGAACGCGGGGCCGUGAUUGGUUCAGACCGUUCAUAGGCGAACCCUUCACAUCCACAUCCUGUGAACUCGCGUCUGUCGGUCCUGAAGUGUUUACUUCCCCGUGCGCUCUGAGUCGGCACGAGUUAGCUGAGUUAGUAAUAAGCACAGCGCUAACACCGAAGAGGAAGGGGCGAUCCUGUAGCUCUUAUCCGUUUGUUGGGUUUUCCCCGACAGAGGUCAAAGGGAGACGCGUGAUCGGACAGCGUCGUGGGGUCACUCCUCACGAGUCUCGCCUUCAUCCAACAUGGGGAGGGUUGUUCUGAUCCGUGGGGGGGAGGGGAGGGGAGGUACACAGCCGGGGAUGGGGAUGGCGAUGAGGAAGGAAGUGGGACCAAGAGGGCACUGAACCCAUCUUCCUGAAGGGCACCCUGAGGGGUUCUAUUGUGUGAAGAAGCGGUCCGAGGCGUUUUACAACCACUAGGCCAGACUGUCAUUACACCGGUGAGGGAUAUCGUUAGCUCUCGUCUGUGUUUUUUCAUCUGUGGUCAAUUGUUUUAAACACAGUGUGUGUGGCAUGACUUAAAAUGUCGAUUUCUUCUUUUUAUAUCGAUUCGUUUUUUCGGUACACCUGCAGCGACAGACUUCAAUCGUGGGAACUUACGAAGACUAGCGUUGUCGUCGUCGUUUCGGCUUCCCCGACCGAAUCUCAAAACACCGCCGCAUGAAAACAGGGUUCAGCCGCACGGGCGCGGCAGCAUCCCGUUGUAGUGCCUUUUAUGGUCGUUCAGGAAGCGUUGCUAGGCUACCGUACCACCCAGACCACGGAGAGCCGCGGGCAACCUCACUAGACGGACAGUCCCCGACAGCGUUCCACCUGAGGGGCCGCAGUCGACAUGCAGGGUUUUUGUAAAACAUGUGGCGGACCGGACGGCUUCAGUCAGGGCGGGGCGGGGGGGGCGGCGGCGGCGGCGGCGGCGGCCACGGCUACGGCCACGCUGAGAGGCAGAUGGAUCCCUCACGCUACUGUCCACUGGCAUUCAUGCUGAUGGAAAAACACUGCAUGCCCCCCCAACCCAAAAACAAAAUAUAUACAGAACAUAUAUAUGAUCAAUAAUUCAUUCGUACGUUUGAUUACAAAUGUGUUUUAACGUAGUUAGAAAAAAAUUGGCAGAUAUAUUUGUAUUUUUCUUGAAGAAUAUAUUCUGUUGAAUGACUCGUUUUUUGUUUUUUGGACAAUGUUUUUGUCAGGACAUGAAGUGUUGAUGUCCAAUAUCUUGUUUUUGUAAUAAACACCCUCAGAGAUGUUUAGAGGCAUGUGGUUCUGUUUUCACUACCAGUUCCUAGAUUUCAUUGAUUUACCAAACGGCUUCAUGUGAUUCCACUGUAUUUUUAUAUCUUUAUAGAGAUUCUAUCUGAUUGACUGUUGGUUACAUCUUUAAUUGAACUGAAAAUAAAUUGAUGAAACAAUGAA